AUGCCACACAAAGGACUAUGGGUAAAUGAGGAUGCAACUCAGGAGGUCAAAGAUGUGCCUGGGUACUACAAGGUCGUAGCUGGUGAUCUGCUACUGAAAACCAUUUGUGUUGCAGUAAAUCCAGGAGAUUAUGGGGAUACUGAGAAAUUUGGCGCCAUUAAUACGAUUGGGGGUUUUGACGCAGUUGGCGAGAUCGUAGAGGUUGGCGAUGGGGUUACAGGGUUCAAAGUUGGACACAAGGUUCUCACCUUUACGAGGGGAAUCGGACCUGUCUAG